AUUUGCAAACUUGCAACGUGCUCCUUACGAACUGCAUCCUUUGUUCCUGUGUUACCAUCGACUAUCGUACACUAUCCGCUAUUAACAUUGCCGUCUUCCGUUAUCUGAAUAUACCGAAACUAGUUAUCGAGCAAUUCACCUUGAAUUGUUCUCGUUUGGCAAAUAUGCCCAACAAACUUUUCCUAAACAGUAGCUUUCAGAAGUAUAACAAUACGGCUGAUGGCGUACUAUCCACUGUGAACGUAGUGGAAGCACUUCAAGAAUUCUGGCAAGUGAAGGCAGCACGCGGUAGUGGUGCCGCGGGGGGAGGUGGCGCCCUGGUUAUAUACGAGUCCGUCCCCGCCGCACAUCCGCCCUAUGUGUGCUAUGUCACGCUUCCCGGAGGCGCAUGUUUUGGUAGUUUUCAGAAUUGUCCUACAAAAGCUGAAGCGCGCCGCAGUGCUGCCAAGAUAGCGUUGAUGAACAGCGUGUUCAACGAGCAUGAGUCGAGGCGUAUCACCGAGCAUUUCAUUGAGAAGGCGGUCGCAGAGGCGAGAGCUUCCUUUGCUGGUGAUGCAGCGGCACAUCACCAGGACCCUAGCGCGGGAAUAGCCGCUUUUCGGUUUAUGUUGGAAGCAAACAAGGGCCGGACGAUGCUAGAAUUCCAAGAGUUAAUGACUGUAUUCCAGCUCUUACACUGGAAUGGUUCGUUGCGCGCAAUGCGAGAACGCCAGUGUUCUCGGCAAGAAGUGGUGGCCCAUUACUCCGCGCGGGCAUUAGAUGACGCGAUGAGGGAGCAAAUGGCUCGAGAAUGGGCGGCUCGGGAAAGAGAGGCGGCUUCCACAGCCGGGGGGGUGUUGAGGGGGGAGCUGGCUCGAGCAGAACGGGAGCUCCGUGCCGCACGUCUUGCAGCACGAGAGCUUCGUUUCCCGAAGGAGAAACGCGACAUAUUGCUGCAGGCCGCGCGGCUCGCCCCUCCACAGCAGCAACAGUGAUCUCACCGCCGUCGACGCAUGAUUUCUUUUAUUAAUUAAGUAUAGUUUUAUAGUAUAAGCAGAA